AUGGCUUUGCAUUUAUCGCGCUCGACGCGUCUGGCAGUUGUCAUUGGCAUCUCGACUUGCUUCUUUCUUGCCGAGAUCUCGUUGGGAUUCUAUACCCAUUCAAUUGCUCUCAUUGCAGACGCUUUUCACUACCUGAAUGAUCUGGUUAGCUUCAUCAUUGCACUAGUUGCCUUAAAGAAAUCGGAAUGUACCGAUUCGCCCAAAGAUCUUUCCUUUGGCUGGCAGCGUGCUCAACUGCUGGGUGCCUUCUUCAACGGCGUCCUUCUUUUUGGGCUGGGUUUAAGUAUAUUUUUACAGUCUAUUGAGCGCUUCAUUGCUCUGCAAUAUGUCCAAAACCCUAAGAUGAUGUUCAUCGUUGGAGGUGUCGGGCUAGGUCUGAACAUUAUUAGUGCGUUUAUCCUUCACGAACAUGGUCAUGAUCAUGGCUCAACACCUACAAUCGAGGCACCCCCUCACAUCAGUGAACACUGCCAGGAUUCUGGCUCUAAACAUCAUGAUCACAAGCAUCUGAACUUUGAGAAACUCUGUCACUCUACCACAGCUCACGAUCAUGGCCACGGCCAUGACCACGGUGAUCUGGGCAUGAUGGGGGUAUUCGUUCAUGUCAUCGGCGAUGCAAUCAAUAACCUUGGUGUAAUGGCUGCUGGACUUAUUAUCUGGCUCGCAGCUCCCCAUCCUGGCCGCUACUACGCCGACCCCGGAGUGAGCAUGUUCAUCGCAAUUCUCAUUCUUCUGUCGUCAAUGCCAAUCAUGCGUCGAGCUGGUUUAAUUCUGCUCGAGUGUGUUCCUACAGGUGUUGAUAUGGGAGAUGUGACCCACGACCUCGAAAGGAUCCCCGGUGUGAGUGCGAUUCAUGAACUCCACAUUUGGCGACUGAACCAACAGAAGACAAUCGCGUCUGUCCACGUUGUCGUGUCUGAAAACUCUGUAGAAGACUUCAUGCGCAUCGCUCGCGUGAUCAAUGAGUGUUUCCACGCUUAUGGAAUCCACUCGGUCACUCUCCAGCCCGAACUAUCGGAUGACACUGAUACAGAUCUUCCCCGAGAUGCCGAAAAACCCGGUCCUCGAUGCCAAGUCAUUUGUGGGACAUUGUCCGAUAAUCCAAGUAUCAUGCGAGUCGCCAUGUGCCAGUUACAUGAUGUAGCCGUAGCACAGAGAACAAGACCCAAGACACAAAUCACCGUAAAAGACCAACAACACUAUACGAAGACCAACGGUAAUAGCAAGAGGCACCCCAACAAGGUUUCCAAUUCCCCUGUUGCGGGCACGUGUCAAGGUGUUAAGGACAAGAACGGCAAAGACUCGAUGCACCUCAAUUUCCCAUUCCACGCAACACCCAUCAAGUCAAUCGACGAGAUUCCAGAAGCAGAACAGGCGAGCCUGAAUCUUCAUCUAGGGUCUGUGGAUAUAUCGCGGGCCUCGCAUCGGGGGAUUGAUUCUUCGAAGCAACUUCAUCCUCAGUCCCUAUUCCAUCGCCAUAAGGGGCAAGAUGGGGUGUCUCCGGGUACAAUUGUGAAGCUAGAGAUUGAAAUCUGGGCAAUGGGUGUGGACUUUGAGGAGGGUGAUUCAAUCAGUGUGAGGGUUGGGGGUCAAUAUCCCAGCAUUGCCGAGUAUGAAUCAUUCUCGAGGCUCAGACCUGAGCACGAGCUCAACCAGGGCAGACAUAUCAUCCAUGGUAGCGAGGGCUAUUCUAGUUCUGUAAUUUUGCCCUUUAUCUGA